CCACUAUAAAUAAAUAUGAAACCUUACCUACCCACCACAUUCCAACUCUCAUUUCCAUCCUCGCAAAUUAAUUAAGAAAAGAAUUGCGCAUAAUUCCAUUGUUUUUUUCUCCCUAAAAUGGAAAUCAAAGAAAAAGCAAUAUGGACUAUUGUAGCAGGGAAUGUUGUCGCAGCAAUUUGUGGGAUCAUUGCACUAAUCCAUGUCCCUCACCAGGUAGACAUUGGGAGUCGGGUUAUAGCAGCAAUCAGUAUAGUUUGUGCCGUUAUAGCUCUUAUUGUUCUUGGAUAUCAAGCAGGCCGCAGAAUCCUAUCGCCUAGUUGGGUCAACGCGCUUUAUUGGGUCACAUGGGUAUGUACCAUCACAGGAGGUAUCUCUAUAGUCGCACGAUUUAUCACCCCCGUUGGAGGUCUUUGCUUCUUGGCCGCGCUCUUUGCUUGGUGGUACAACUGCAAAAUAGCUCCGGACUCUUCGUGAUCGUCACCAAAUGUUCAACUUCGAUCUCUUCAUGAGUAAUAAUACAAUACUCACAAAAUUACGUACUCAAGAAAGGCUAAUCUAUCUAUGUUUCGUUCAUCAUCACUAAUCACUAUGUUAGCCUGCCUGGACGGCUAAUUCAUGUUCUCGCCUAUAUGUAGCCCUCACAAUAUAUACAUUUUGUCUUUAAUUUGUUUCUCUUGUAGACUUGUAAUUGAAUCUGGCUCGAAUGUGUAUGUAUUGUCCGAUUGGUAUCAUGGUAUGAUGCAAAUUCAGUAAUG